GUAUGCUGGCUUGGCAAGACCUGACACUGAAGUGGAGAUGAGAAAGGUGAUGAAUGCUGAAUGGAAAGCCAUUCAAGAAGUAGAGGGUUUGGCUGCACAAGGCAAGCAAGCUUUGCCACUGAACUACAUGCACUUCUUGCAGACUUCCUUCUCCAGACUCCAUUACCUGGCAAAUGAGAUUGAUAUUGUGAACAACUUGGCUGGUGAUGCUUCUCAUGGAGUCCUUCUUUCCAGAACAGCCUGCAAGCACUUGGGGGACACAGUUGUGGUGGAGAACACCCAUCAGAAGUGCAAAGACCUAUUGAGGAAUGCUCGACACCAAAUGGCAGGAAGAUUGUCAAAGUUCCACACAAUCAUAGGCUGCAAUGUCUUGCAAGGCAAAAAGGUGAACUUUGUGAAAGUCACUGAUGCUCAAAAAUCUAUGUGGAGCUUUGGAAAGGGAGACAGGCUUUCUGUGGUGAAACAAACACAUCCCAGCGCCCACAAGAUGAGCAAGAGAUUUCAAGAUGUGAUGAGGUGGAAGAGUUCCAGGCCAAACUUCAAUUGGCCAUCCACAUCACAGGAAACAAUGUUCUAUGAGUCUGCUUGUUUGGAGCUGCUUCUCCAAGAAGGAUGCUCAGAUUUGGUGCGCGCUGGAGAGCUGAAGACAGCAACCAUCACUUGCAUGGUGGGACAGCCAGGUAAGUUUGUUGCAAGCCAACUGGGAGGGAAUGCUUUGAUGGUCAUUGCAAAGGCGCCUCUCAGUUUCCUUGGUUGGGAGAUGGAAGUGCUGGGGAGGAAUGAUGAGUCUGGCUUUGUUUCCAUGCAGCUUUGCAGGGGAGCCACUGCUUGCUCUUGGCACACUGUCAGUGACCUUGAUGACUGGCUCUCCAUUCCAUGCAACCCAAAGCUGCAGAACAGAUAUGGCCCCUUCAUCUAUGAACAGUGCAGUGCUGCCAUGCCAUUGCCAGAGGCAAUGGUUGCAGAGGGGCUGAGCUUGUCAGUGGCACAGUGCCUGAUUAUUUUGAAGCACUAUGAUGUGAAGCCUGCAUCAAAAAAGGUCAAGGCAAACUUGUACCACCAAAUCAUUGAACUUUUUGUGGACAACCCAGAGGAGCAAAAACUUGCUUUUGCAAGGUGA